AUGUCUGACGAAAAUGAGAUGUUAAGAGAAAAUCUAGAAGCUCAGUUAGAACGGUUGGUCCAACAACUCAGUGAUUUAGAGGAAUGCAGAAGUGAUAUGACUGACGAUGAAUAUAAUGAGUCAAAAGAAGACACUGUUGAACAGCUAAAGGAAUUCAAUGAUAGAUUAAACAAAAUUACCGCCGGUGACAUGACUAUACAUGACAAUUUGAGCAUUAUGCGUUUGGCAACUAGUGCAGCCAUAACCAAAGCAUUUCAAACACCGUCAAUCAUCAAAAUGUUUGCUAAGAAUGAACCAAAUGCACUCAAAGAUAAACGUAAUCAAAUUGAAAGAAAUAUGAAAUUGGGUAAAUUGAGCUUGGAGGUUGGAAAUCGACAAAAACUUGAAGUAUUAACUGCGUUGAGACAUCUUGGCUGCGAGCUGACAGAUAGUGAUAAAAUGUUUAUUAGAGAAGAAACAAGCAAACUUCAAAGCUGUAUGCCAUCGAAUGGUUUUAAUAUAUCAGACUCUUUAAAUGGUUUUGAUUUCAAUAUGUUUUUGAAACUGGAUGACACUACAACAUAA